CAAGAAAACACAAACGUACGCUCUCUCUCUCUCAUCUCCAGUCACACUGUGUUUUCUCUCUCCUAAAAAAACCCAAAUUCUUCCUGAAUUGCCAGCGCCAUUCAUCCAGAGGCGCAAAGAAGCUUCACCACCCAAUGAAUUGCCUUCCCGCAGAGCCUCAUUUCAACACCUGAGCCUCAGGAAUUGAGUUCAUUGUGCUUGUUUAUUAGCAAUUGAAGUUGGAAAAUGCUGGAAGCUGCUGCAGUGGUGAGCAAUGGCGGAUUCUCUCCUCACUCAUCGCAUCUGCAUAGCUGCGGAGACAGCUCAGAGGAGGAGCUUUCUGUUUUGCCGCGCCACACCAAGGUUGUUGUCACAGGUAACAAUCGCACAAAGUCGGUGCUGGUGGGGCUUCAGGGCGUCGUCAAGAAAGCUGUUGGCCUCGGUGGAUGGCAUUGGCUGGUCCUCACUAAUGGUAUUGAGGUGAAGCUGCAAAGGAAUGCUUUAAGUGUUCUUGAACCUCCUACGGGGAAUGAGGAAGACGACUACCUUGAAAUUGAACACGAGCAGUGGAAUAGCUCGGAUAUUGCGUUCGACGAUGCUCAUAAGUCCCAUAGGUCGAGGCAUCGUAUGCACCGUUCGUCUAACAAGACUCUCCGCCGGUCUCUCUCCUCUGACUCUCAGCUGAAGGAUUCUGUCUCUACUGCCAAAGUGUCCUCGGUUGACCUCAGCAAACUAGAGAUGGCUGCGCUGUGGAGAUAUGCAUUGCAUUUUAACCUUGUGGAUACGAAUCCUAACCCUUCUAAGGAGCAACUGAUCGACGUUGUCCAGAGGCAUUUUGUUUCACAGCAACUGGACGAGCUUCAAGUGAUUGCGGGGUUUGUGAAGGCAGCAAAGAGACUGAAGACAGUGUGCAAAUGAUGAUGGUUCGGAUUGGAUGUGGGCUGACCCUAACAAAGUUGCAAUACCUUAAAAAAACUUGUGGGAAUGUAUAUGUUUAGUAAUGGUGUCUAGUUGUGUAGGUGUAGAUAAAGAUCUGUGUAGAUAUAUGCGUUGGAACUGACUGACUCAAGAGUCCUAAGAGGCCAUCAUAUCCCAAACCAAAAGUGGGGACUUUUUCUUCAGCCUGUAUAGGCCCCCACCCACAGAUAACACCUUAACCCUUUCAAUGGAUCUAUUGUUAUCUCUCAAAACUCUCUCUAAUGUGUGUAUAUUCUAUCAAAGCUUAUUACAGUGAGAGAGAGAGAGAGGGGGGGAUUUAGUUGGUUGGAGAUGGAGCAUCCAAUGUUGGAUUUUCUUGGCAGUGGUGUGUUUGUAAUCCACCUGUCACUUUACAAGAUGGUCUUGACUAGGCUCUUACUUUUGGUUGUAUGAAAGCAUAUCACAAAAUUCAAAAUAUUAACUAUAGUUUUGUCUGUA